AUGAAGGGAGACACUGGAGUGGAUAAUACUCCCAUGAGGGACGACGCUGAAGAGACACAAAGCCAAGUCAAUGAUACUCUCCCAUUUGGUAAACAUAUCGAACAUACGAAACAUAUGAAGCAUAUGAACCAUAUUGAAAAACUCAAAAUAAAUAGCGUCUCAACAGGAGUGGAUUCUCACAGAAGUUCAGCAAAGUCAAGUUCAAACCAGAUUACGUUCGAAGAAGCCACUCAGUAUGCCCUAUCUAGAUUAUCCAAGAGAUAUAACCAAAGGGAUGAUGUCGUGGAGACACUAACCAUCACAGAGGGAGGAAAACAGGAACAUCAUUCCACAGAAAGGAAGGAAAAGGUUAAUUACAAAUUAGACAUACCUAAUUUGGGAGAGUACCACCUUGGGGGGGAUAAUCUGGAGGGUCAACCGACCAGUGGUAGACACCCGAAUGGAGACACACAAAUAUUGGGAAAGAGCCUCACAAAUGAUUUUCUCCAUAUCAGUGGUGCUUCCUAUAAAUCAAAGAAGGAAGGAGUCUUUUUCAAUAACCUCCAGAAGGUAGCUACUUCCCACAUGGAAGAAGAUUAUGUCCACAUAUGGGGGGAUGACAGCCUAUUGCCAUGUGAAUACAACUUGGAACAAUUUGGACUGGACAUUUAUGGGGCAAUGGAGGAGGAGCAUAAGCAGGAGGAACAACGGAAGCAGGAGGAAGAAUCCAUUCGGGGGGAAGACAGAGGGAACAACCUUUUGGAGUUAACGAAGCAGCACAGUUUGACUGAAAAUCGAGGUGACAAUUGGCACCAGGAUAAACUGACUAAACGGGGUGAUAAAAUGGCGGUAGAAGACAACAAACGGGGGAUCGGUACACGUAGAACGAAUCGGGUUGGAAUCAGCGGGGGGGUUAACCCAGACUGGGGGAUAACAUAUGCACAAAAUGGAUUAGCAGAGAUGACCCUCCCUCCGCGUUCCACAGCUUCCGAUUUGCUCACCUCAUUUUUUCCUCCACCCGGGAGGUCGCAUCUGCUAGGGGGGGAAUUAGCCACCUCUGCAGUCAGCUCUGCACGAACCGCUGAUCUCACCGCUGCACUCACCCAUGUGAGCAAGUUCGAAGCCUUCCUCAGGGACGAAAUCCUCCAACAGACGCUCAACCAAAACUACUAUUACGACUUAAGGACCGACCAAGUGUGGGUGCCCGGGGAAGAUGCAGGAGGAGACGUUUUGGGCAGAUCAGACGGGGAGGGAUCCCCCCCACGUGAGGAGGCUACGCAUCGGACAACUAUACAUGGGGAAACUACCCCGGUGGCCGCUUCCAUUGGGACAAUUAACAACCAUGGGCUUUUACCCCCAUUUGGGCUUUUCCCAAAUGAGAGCCAAGUAGCGAAUGGUUCUCACGGAGAAGGGAGGAUCCCCAAGUCGGGGGACCCAAACUUCAAAAUGAUGGAGGACCCCUUUUUGAAGAUAGCGCAAGACGCGCUGUUCACGAAGAGGACAGAAGAAUUCCCCCUUUUGGAUGAUCGUGCGCUCUUCCCAUUUUAUGACCACCAUGGAAAUCCAUCUGUUCAGGAAAAGGAACAGCCCCAAAUAGGAACCUUUACGGACGAGAAGGAAACUUACAUGCAGUAUAUGUUAGGGGAGAAUUUCAUUUUGGACAAACUGGGGACACAUCACAAGGAGGAAGAAAUGGAAACGGGUAGAAUUGAUAAGGGAGGAAACCAAUCGGCGUCACCAAACUGCGUUCCGUUGGGAAGACACUUUAGAGAGACUCACAAAGAAGAUUACACCGCUUUGCAAAGAGGCGACAACUGGGGAAACGUCCAAAUGGGGAAUAACACAAAUUUGACGCGUCUGACCCAGAUGGAGGAAACGCUGCUUUCGCAAAGAAAUCGUUUUGCACUGUCUCUGUGCGAAACGGAGGGGAUGGACUUCACCAAUUCGUGUAACGUUGGCGGGGAAAACCGAUGGGGUGAGAAGCGGCAAGAUGGUGAAGUUACCCCUUCGUACCAUUUCGCGUACGAAAUGCCUGGACCCUACGAUGACCAUCAACCAGACCUAGGCGCGGAACACGAUUGGAACGUGGCCAAUCAGCCCAAUAGCUACAACUCCUGCUGUGGUAACUUCUUCCUCAAUUACGCGAUGGAAGAGGAGAAAAAGAGAAAAAACAAAAAUAAAACGCAGCACGAUGAUGGGUUCAGAACUUCUUCUGAUAGUGUAUUGCCACAGGAUUGCGAUAUACAGAGAAGCAGCAUGGUUAAACAUACUGAGGAGGGGAACCAAAAGGAUAAUCACAAUGGAGAGAAUGUCACGCUCGGUAAGAGGCUGUCGAAAUCUCUGGCUAAAUACACCUUAAUCGUCAAUGUGCCAUCGAAUACCACACGGAAGGAUCUCCUAUCCGUGUUUAGCAAAUUCGGGAAUGUAGACUUAACCAUGGUCGUCUGCGAUAAGAAAUCAAGACACCCCAACAAGGAAUGGACAGCAACAUCGGGGUACGCCUUUGUCCGAUUUUCAACAAAUAUGGAAGCACGGAGGACUCUCAACGCUGCAUGUGCAGGUGGAAUUCGCAUUAGAGGAAGCAGAGUUCGCGCAACGUGGGCAAAAAAAGAUUCUUAUUCAAAAAGGGAAAAAGAAAUAACCUUUAAAAUCCCCUCAUCGAUACUUCUCAUCAAUAUAGACGAAUUUAUCUGCUCAAUAUGCAAAAUAAAUUUGUCUUAUGAACCCAUAUUAUUUCCAUGUUGCUAUUCUUCCUGUUGCUCCGAUUGCUUAAGGGGAUACCUCGUCCUCCACGCGGUUAGGCCAAACAUACAAUGUCCCAGCUGUUCCGUACACCUGUCAGAUGGACUAAUCAAAAUCGAUGAACACUCCAGUGGAGUUAUGGCCCUGUUGUACAAAAUUCACUCCAACGUUAAAAUUAAGUGCCAAAAUGACAAUUGCAAGUGGGUUGGCUCUCAGAAUCAGUACGUCAACCAUUUCUUUUCCUGCAAGUUUGGUCUCGCAUAG